CCAUCAUGAGUUCAAUCGGUGUCGUAGUCUUCCGCAACUCGCCACUCGGCAAAGCCCAAGUUCUCCAGGAGUCCGUCAGCAACGCCGUCAAUAUAAACAAUAACACCAACCAAGGUGUCAGAAGAGAAAUCAUUAUAGUGAGAAAGAAACAGAAGAUCCAGUCUCCGCCGACGGUGUCAGUGACUUCUUUAGUGCGUGCUUCUGAUCCUUCCGUUGCGAGUGUACCGGCGAAAAGACCGCGAGUUCGUGAAAAUGUCCCUGAAGAUAUAGCUCGGUCGCCGACACCACUCGCGGUGGCACGGCGUAACGCCCGGGAACGGAACAGAGUCAGGCAAGUCAACGAUGGCUUUGCCGCUCUACGCAGACACAUACCCGAGGAAGUGGCUGCGGAGUUUGAAAAUGCCAACUCAAACAGAGGACCGAACAAGAAGCUGAGUAAAGUAGAAACAUUGCGUAUGGCUGUAGAAUAUAUAAGAAACUUGGAGAGUCUCCUUAAUAUAGGCCAUGCUGACAAAGAAAAUGCAUCGUGUAUGUCAAUGGAAUCUUUUCCCUCGCCGGCGUCUUCAUCGCCACGUGACAACAGCCAAGAAAGAAGUUAUUUCGCCCUCAACUCCCCCGCUCUUGAUGAAGACGGUCUCGAGGAAGACGAAUUAGACGGAACUCUGCAGCAGUUACCUCAGCACCAGUAUAUAGAAUUACCAGCUACCGAAAACUUUCAGUUAGUUUCUACUCCGCAUUUGUAUGAAGAAGAGGACGGUAUCGGACAACCUUUAACCCCGUCAUCUGAUUUAAUAGCUCAAGAAGAUGUCAAUCCACAUCUACUUGAUGGACACUUUCCAUUUCCAAACUCGGCUGAGCAAUUCACAGUGAUCCCGGAACAAAACUAUUGUAGCGAACCCAAUGUGUCAUUGAACGAUAGUGAUUUCGAGGUAAAAUAUGCGGAGUCUGUCCAUCACAUGCAUAGAAGUUUGGGUGAAGAAACAGACCUGCCUCUGGAAGCAAUUAAUCCCGAUCUAAUUAUGGCACACGAGCAGUAUAAAUUCAAAGAAGAGUCAUUUCUGGAAAAUACACCAUACAGUGAUGUAGAGCUGAAGAAAGAACUUCCGGACAUUCACGUGACGCCUGAAGACAGGGAGCAAUUUGAGGAGACUUUGAAAUGGUGGCAGGAGAAAACAAGACAAGCACGCCCAAACAAUAAGAAUUGACUAGAAAAGUGGUAUAGCCAAGUGUAUUGAUAGUAGAGUAAUAGAUAUUUAUAUUAUGGUGUAUGUAUAUGAAGUAAUGGAUAACAUACAGCUGUCGGUGCCAAAGUCGCUGCCGGCGCAAGGUGCGCGGUAACGGUCAGUUAGUUUAAUGAAGCCAGCACGCGUCUGCGUGUCUUUAUCUUUAUGUUAGUCUUAAUAGCCAAGAAAAAACAUUUGCUCAAACUAGUUAAACAAAGAGUUGACACGUGUUCAAUCGAUAACCACCUUUCAUGUCCGAUUAUUAUAAGUGUUAGACUAAGUGUAUCCUUUUACCUGUAGAUAAAAUAUUGGCAAAGUUGG